UUUCCGUGGUGAAUGCGUUGUUGCUUGUAUCUGGCAUGUUUAGUGGCUGACUGUUUCCUGCAUGUCCAAAACAGUUUAAAUUUGCGACUUGAUUUUUUAAAAUUUAAAACAAAAAUGGGGAGAAAAGUAAUCGUUGCUGCAUGCUCCCUCAAUCAGUGGUCUAUGGAUUUCUUAGGAAAUAUGAAAAAAAUAAUAGAAAGUAUUCAUGAAGCCAAGGCACAGGGUGCACGUUUCCGUGCAGGUCAGGAGCUGGAGAUUAGUGGGUACAGUUGCAGUGAUCACUUCUUUGAGAGCGACACGUUCUUGCACUCAUGGGAGGUGCUGGCACGGAUUAUUGCUCACCCUGGGUGCCAGGAGAUUUUGUGCUGUGUGGGGAUGCCAGUCAUGCAUAAAAAUGUCUCCUACAAUUGUCAGGUGUUUUUCUUAAAUAAGAAAAUUCUUCUAAUUCGACCCAAGAUAAUGCUGGCUAAUGAGGGCAAUUAUAGGGAGCCUCGCUGGUUUACUGCCUGGAAAAAGUUGAAAGAAGUUGAGGAUCAUUACCUGCCUCGUAUGAUUUAUGAGAUAACUGGUCAGAGAACUGUUCCUUUUGGAGAUGCUAUUAUAUCAACAUAUGAUACUUGUAUUGGGGCAGAAAUUUGUGAAGAAUUGUGGAAUCCCAACUCCCGCCAUAUUGAGAUGGCUUUGGAUGGGGUGGAGAUUAUAGCCAAUGGGAGCGCGUCUCACCAUGAACUGAGGAAAAUGUACAUCCGUGUUGAUCUGGUCAAGUCAGCUAGCAUGAAGUCUGGAGGUGUGUACAUAUUCUGUAAUGGAGUUGGCUGUGAUGGAGAGCGUGUUUACUGGGAUGGAGGUUCUAUGAUAGCUCUCAAUGGGGACAUUGUUUCCAAAGGACCCCAGUUCUCCUUAGAAGAAGUGACCGUCGUGACAGCCACUAUAGACUUGGAGGAUGUGAGGUCCUACAAACACAAGCUUGGCUCCAGGUCAGAUCUGGCUGCCUCGACUAAAGCCUUUCCCCGCAUCAAUGUGGAGUUUGCCCUGUGUGACGGAGAUGAUUACAACUUGCUGACUGACUCCAAGCCAAUCAAUGUCAGGUUUUCUUCUGUUGAGGAGGAAAUUAGGUAUGGUCCAGCUUGUUGGCUCUGGGAUUAUUUGAGACGCAGUGGUCAAGGGGGCUACUUUCUGCCACUGAGUGGGGGCGUGGACAGCUCCAGCACCGCCUGCAUCGUGGCGUCCAUGUGCCAUUUGGUUUGUGAGGCUGUGGAAAGUGGAAACAAAUCAGUGGUGUGUGACAUCCAAAGAAUAACCGGACAGUCGGACUACAUCCCAUCUGACCCGCGUGAGCUGGCCCAGCGACUCUUCAUGACCUGCUACAUGAGCACCACCAACAGCUCAGCUGAAACCAAAUCCUACGCAGCUGAGUUGGCUGAACAGAUUGGAAGCUACCACAUGGGCAUCUCUGUGGACUUGGCUGUUGAAUCUUUGCUCAAGAUUUUCCAGCUGGCUUUUUCUGUGGUACCCAGGUUCAAGGCCCACGGAGGAAGUCUCAGAGAAAAUCUGGCCAUGCAAAAUGUCCAGGCGAGGGUGAGGAUGGUGGUGUCCUACCUGUUUGCCCAGCUCAGCCUGUGGGCCCGAGGCAAGCCUGGGGGACUGCUGGUCCUGGGCUCAUCUAAUGUAGAUGAGAGCUUGCGAGGCUACAUGACAAAGUACGACUGCUCCAGUGCUGACAUUAACCCUAUCGGGGGGAUAUCAAAAACUGACCUGCGUAGAUUUAUCCAGUACUGUGUGAAAGCCUUCAAGUUCUCUUCUCUAGAGAAAAUCAACAGUGCCCCACCUACAGCGGAGUUAGAACCCCUGGAGGAUGGAAGGCUUGCUCAGACUGAUGAGGAAGACAUGGGGAUGACGUAUGAUGAGCUGUCAGUGUAUGGAAAACUACGUAAACAAAACUGUUGUGGGCCAUACAGUAUGUUCUGCAAACUUCUCCACAUUAGUAGCCAGCAGUGUCCACCUGAACAGAUAGCGGACAAAGUGAAACAUUUUUUUAGGUCGUAUGCAGUCAACCGGCACAAGAUGACUGUCCUAACACCGUCCUACCACUGCGAGUCCUACAGUCCUGAUGACAACAGGUUUGACCAGCGACAGUUCCUGUACAACGCCAAGUGGCUGUGGCAGUUUGCUCGCAUUGAUGCUGAGGUCCAGAAAGCCAACAGCUCCAUACAGAGAAUAGAACAAGCCAGUGGCAAAAGAACUUCAGACAUGCCGGGCUAUGCUAACUCUCCGUCCCCGCAAGUCAUCAACAGUCUGGGCAGCUUAACAAGGCAGGGCUUGGGGAGUCAGGGAGGUGUGCAGGUUGCUUCACCUGGCAUGGACUGGACUGGUCCCAGCAGGUUUGCUAAAAUCAAGGAAGAGAUCCCCAGCUACCAGCAGCCCUCAUCAAGCCCCAGACUCCAGUACUCUGUUGUUAUACGUGACCCACACAAGCGCACCACCACAGACUCUGCGUCAGGGGGCAGUCCAGUGGACACAGAGGAUAAACGUCCUCGCUACCAGACUUUCCCCAGCGGAGGAAAAAAUCUGAAAGUGGAAUCUCAGUCAGCAUCUCAGGCCUCGUGGUAGCCAGCAGCAAAUAGUCAGCUCAACACUGCCAGCCCAGUCAAGUUUUGGUGGAAGACAAGUUUUGGUCUCCAGGCUAAAGCUGGUCUCAAAUAUAUACAAGUAUUUUUAGUGUAACAAGUGAUCCAGAGCAACUAAAAGACAAUCUAUCUCAUGCAAGUUUGUUGGCUGGAUUAGAAAUGGAACAGGUAUUUCUUAUUAGAAUGUCAAGACAAUGUUGUUGGGUAAUGUACAGGCCCAGAGUCAGACUGACAUUGUAUAGCCACACACAUACCAAUAUGUCAGUUGUUUGACUGCUGACCACAACUCACUCUAUUAGAUUAAGCCAUACAUCAGUUGAAAACUUUGGUUUGUCAACACAAUUUGUUCUACCCAAGGCUUCAUUGAAUUUUGUUCAAUGGAAGUUUUUUUUUAUUUUCAGAAUCAAAACAAAAUUUUUAGUGUGGUUAU